AUGACAGGGCGGUCAGGGGAGGGGCGCCGCCCGGGGAGCCGGCAGGGAGCGGUUCUCGCUGCCCGGCGCGGCAUGGCGGGUAGCGGCGCUGGCCCCCGCCGCCCCCUGAGGGUGUUGGCGCUUCUUUGCUGCCUGUUGCGGGCCGGCACCUGCGCCCUCCUGCCGCCGGCAGGCACCCGGCCCGGGGAGGAGGGCGGCGGCAGUCAGGGCCGCCCUCCGUGGGACGGAAGCGGCCGGGAGAAAGAAGCGGCGGCAGCCCUCCGGGAAAGUGCUAAAAGAAUUAGGUUACUGAAUUCAUCAUCAAAAGAUAAUACAACUGCUUUCUAUGGAAUAAAUCAGUUUUCUCACCUGUUUCCUGAAGAGUUCAAAGCUAUUUACUUAAGAAGCAUACCUCGCAAACUUCCCAGAUACGUGAAAUUGCCAAAGGGAGAGGAAAAACCUUUGCCAAAGAAGUUUGACUGGAGGGAUAAGAAAGUCAUUGCAGAAGUGAGAAAUCAGCGGACAUGUGGAGGCUGCUGGGCUUUCAGCGUUGUGGGUAGUAUAGAGUCUGCCUAUGCAAUUAAAGGAAAUAACCUGGAAGAACUCAGCAUACAGCAGGUUAUUGACUGUUCAUACAAUAAUUACGGCUGCAGCGGGGGAUCCACUGUUAGUGCUUUGAGUUGGCUGAACCAGACAAAAGUAAAACUCGUGAGAGAUUCAGAAUAUACUUUCAAAGCUCAGACAGGACUGUGCCAUUAUUUUGGUCACUCAGAUUUUGGAGUUUCAAUAACGGGAUUUGCUGCAUAUGACUUCAGCGGUCAAGAAGAAGAAAUGAUGAGGAUGCUUGUUAACUGGGGCCCUUUGGCAGUAACAGUAGAUGCGGUUAGCUGGCAGGAUUAUCUUGGUGGGAUCAUACAAUAUCACUGCUCCAGUGGAAGAGCAAAUCACGCUGUUCUUAUCACUGGUUUUGACAGAACAGGUAGCAUCCCUUACUGGAUUGUACAGAACUCUUGGGGGCCUACAUGGGGAAUAGAUGGCUAUGUUCAUGUUAAGAUAGGCGGCAAUAUCUGUGGUAUAGCAGAUACAGUUUCAUCAGUAUUUGUUUGACACUUAAUGGCCAAAGACCACAAUAAUGGUUUGGACACACACUGCAUAUGAAGAUUUACUUCAAAACAACAUUUUCUGAGAUAAGAAAUUGCUGUAAAGGCAAUUCCUGCUUUUAGGCAAUACAGGGAUGGGCUGGCUGGAGUUUUUUGAAGUAUUUUUAUUUGGAAUGUGUGUUGCACGUCAAAUCUCUCAUGGAAUAAGAAGACUCAGAAUCAACUGCAGAGUAUGCAAAAAGAAGUUACAAAGGUGGACUGAAACUGUGAGUGUGAACUCCAUCCAGGUGUUGAAUACUACUCCAUAAAAUAAAUGUGACAAGAAAAGAAGUGAUGACAGAUGAUAAGGAAUUUGGAUCCAAUAAUCAAUAGAAUGACAGUGUAUAAUUGAAAUGCUUUGAAUAUAAGAAGGAUCAUGAUUAGGUCUGCUUUUAUUGGACAGUAGGAAGAAAAUACUUCCUGUUAUUCUUUGAUACUUGGCUUUUCUAGCACCUCUGACAGACACAGCCUCCUUUUUGUUAAAUCUUACUUUUUCUCUGAAGUUAGAAGAAUAGAGGAGGGAAACACCUAGUCAAAUGUUUCCUGAGCAGCCAGUGUCUCUGAAGUGCUGCGGUCCUUCAAUUUUAGUCUUUAGACCUUUAUUAGGUAAAUGUAACUUAAGAGCUUUUCAGAGCAUGUUUUGGAAGGUGCCUGGAAUGUCAGUGUCUUCUGCAUUCAUUUGUUAGAUGGGUAGAAAAGUAAGAAGUAACUGUAUUUAGGCAUAUGGAGGCAGUUCUAGUGAUUUAAUGUUGUGUCUUCUGGCAGGAUGUAUGUGUUUGCAAAUCAGCUUUUCCGUGCUCUGAGAGCUGUACCAGUUCUGUACCUUCUGCCUUCUCUACUUCACGGCUAACAGUGAAGCCAGUUGCGAAGCAGAAAUUAAAAACCUCCCUUAUUACAGAAAAAGUGUCAGGGUGCAGUUUGUUAAUAUAUAUUUGCCACCUUUACAAAGUCAGCAAUUACAGAAUAUUCCAAACUGAGUCAGGGUUAAAUUUCUCUACAUUAAUUGAAUUAAUAGGUGGGACUUGCUGAGAAUCGAAAAAGGGUGCCAGCUUUGCUGACUUGUAAAACUGCUGUUGCAGGCAAAUAUAACUGAAAUUCACAACCAAACGUAAUUCUAAAAUGCUCUGAAUCUUUCACCUGGAAUGCUUUACCUGACUCUUUUAGGAAACAUUGCUAGGAUACGUAUUGAAACAGUUCUGCAAUUUUUGCACUAAAUUAGCUCUACCAUGUUAACAGAUCGUUGUGUUAUAAUCUUUUUUUAUGAAAAAUGCAAUGAAUGGUCAUAACUGUCUAUUGUAAGUAUUGCCAUUUUAGUCCUCCUGCUUCUAAGUGUUAAUAUUUUAAAUGAAACUUAGACCAAGUGCAAUGGUCUCACUACUUCAGGUUCUGCUACUUACUGCAUUUACUGCGGAUUAACAAAAGAGGAAGUCUUCUGUA